UAACAUAAACUUCAUAGUAAAAUCUAAUUGAAAGUAAUUUCGAAUAAGAUUCUGACAAAGUAAUUUUAAAUCAUUCUAACAAGAUAUAGGCACAUACAUCAGAGUACCAGUCGAAACAGGAGUCGUAUCAGAAUCCUGAUCGAAGUUGGACUUCAACAGCCUGUGUGCAUAUAUAUCUAUAUACGGAGACAUGUGGGCUUCAAAAGCGUCCAGAGAGAGAGUCUGUAGUCGGGAGCUCUUUUAUUGCUCUCAACGUUGGUAUCGUCGCCGGGAAAGACAUGUCGUCCGCUGGAGCCACCGGCGGUGCCGCCGCUUCGAAUUUAUACUUUUGCUCCCAGUGCGACCACACUUUCACCUUCGACCCCGCCGACGCCGGAGAUCAUGGCGUCGUCUGCUGCGUCCACUGCGGCGGGAGCGUCGCUCAGGCAUCCAACUUCCCAAACCUCGAGAACCCUAACUCUGACUUGGGCUCUCUCGACGCCCAGCAACCCUCGCCCUCCCACCUUUCUGACCAUGAUGCAGACUCUGUGCCUUUCGACGAGCUUAUCGUGCCCCCUUUUAGCUCGUCUGUCACGGACUUCUACUUUAACGCGAUGUUCAUAGAGCAACAACUCGAACGAUGGUCUAGGCGAUCACUGAACCUCGCUCCUUCCAGGCGCGGCACCCAGCCAGCAUGGAUGGCCGCCGUGGAGGCCCUACCGGACAUCAAUAUCAAAAAAGCGGCCCCGGGGACCGAUCCGAUCGAGUGCACGAUUUGCAUGGACUCGUUCGACGCCAGCGCGGUGGUGACGCAGUUGCCCUGCAAGCACAUGUUCCACAAGAAGUGCAUUCUCCGGUGGCUCGACAGCCAUAACUCCUGCCCGCUCUGCCGAUCUGAGCUGCCCUGACU